CUCAGUGUAAACAGCCAUGGCCGCCCUGCGCAGGCUCGUCUCCUCAUUCACUAACAGCUCCAGAACAGGGACGUUUGCAGCGGGGAAACGACACAAACCCUCAAACGCGGCUACAGCGCUGAAAGUUAUUGCAGCUGGAGGCUGCGUCACCGUCGCGGUCGGUGCUGCCUAUUAUUUCCCGUUUGUCGGUAGGCGCUCCAGAAUGAGGAGCCAUGUCGAGGCUCGACUCAUGCAUCUGGCGUUACCAUCGGUUCUGGCCACAGAUAAGGUGAGGACCUAUGGUCUGGAUGAUGGAGAUGUGUACAUGUCAUCCUAUGAGAACAGAUUUCACCUGUUCAGUUCAGUGGAGUACGAGGGCCAGCUCUACAUGACUCCACUCAACUUCAUCGAGUCUGUCACUCUGAAUGAACCCAGAAGCAGCAGAGUACGGAAGUCACUCACAAAAAAGGAGUUAGACAAGAUGCUGGCUGACACCCCACCUGUUUGGAAAGGAUCAUCUAAUUUGUUUAGAAAUCUUCAUGAACGAGGUGUCAUCAGUUACAGCGAGUACCUCUUCCUGCUCUGCAUUUUAACAAGCUGCUGUCUUUCAGAGCCCCAUGCAGGAUUCAGGAUUGCCUUCAACAUGUUUGAUGCAGAUGGAAAUGAAAUGGUGGACAAAAGGGAAUUCUUGGUGCUGGAAGAAAUUUUUCGUAAGAAAAAGGAUAAAAAAGACGUUUCUGAAGACAUGCAGCGACUCAACCAGCAGAGUCUGCAGCUUUACGGCCAUCAAAAAUCCCAGCCACACACUGUUCACAAAAAAGACAGUCAGCAUGUGGAGACCCGGGGCAUGUGGGAUGUUCUCAGACGUGGCACAAGUCAAGUUCUGUUUUCUGAUCUCCCAGAGCGUGUGGAUGACAAAGCAGAGACAACACUCCUGGUCCACUUCUUUGGGAAAAAAGGCAAAGCUGAACUGAAAUUUGAAGAGUUUUACAAGUUCAUGGACAACCUGCAGACAGAGGUGCUUGAGAUAGAAUUCCUUUCCUACUCGAAAGGCAUGCCCAACAUUAGCGAGGAAGACUUUGCCCGGAUCCUCCUCCGCUACACCAACUUGGACGAUGUCAGCACAUAUUUGGAGAAUGUGCGCCACAGCGUGCCAGAUGAAAAGGGAAUCACAUUUGAAGAGUUCAGGUCCUUCUUCCAGUUCCUGAACAACCUGGAGGAUUUCACCAUUGCCAUGCAAAUGUACAACUUUGCCAAUCGCUCCAUUGGACAAGAGGAGUUUACCCGUGCGGUGUAUGUGGCUACAGGCAUUAAGCUGACCCGACACUUGGUAAGCAUCGUCUUCAAGAUCUUUGAUGAGGAUCACGACAAUAAACUCAGCCACAAAGAGUUUAUCGGCGUAAUGAAGGAGCGGCUGCACCGUGGCGAUGGGGGCGUCCGUGCGGAUGAGAAGUUCACCUCUUUCAAGUCCUGCAUGAAGAAGGAGCUUUCAGGCAAAUAGGUGAAAAGCCCAUCACCAGUGCAUGUCUCCCGGACUGGAUGAGCUCGGCCUCCUCUGCACUCUCCAACAGGACAGAAGGGUUAAUGCAUGCUGCAACAUGUUAUUGCACUGUGUCAGAACUGAUCAAAUAAGCAGGAUGUGGCACAGGCAGGAUGUGGUCGGCCUAAUGGGAAGCCGUUUCAAGUGACCCAUUAUGAAUCUAACAAGAAAAUCCACUUAACUCCAUGUUGCAGGACUCUAAUUUGCACAAAUUAGUUUGUUUAACUGCUUUUUCCUGCUGUUUAUUGAGUCAUCUACUUGUAAAAAUGCUGAACAGUUUUAAGAUUGUUAACAGUGACUUUAUUUAUUUAUCUAGAGUUCCAACAUUGUGUUAUUACUGCUCUGCUUGUUUGAUUCAAAGUGAUUUUCCUUUUGUCCUGAGCUGGAGUCUGUACAGUGGAACCUUUGUCCUUCUGUCUGUUCUGCAGCCCCCUGCACAGAUCAGCUUAGGACAGCAGUAACUCCCCUCCCCCAGUCCACAUCCUCCUCAUUCCCAAAUCACUGCAACUAGAAUCCUCCUGGAACCCCAGGGCCAGCAAGCCUGAACACCUUCCCUCUGUCUUUAGCUGCAAGCAGCUUUGUUAACGGUGUUAAUCAUUUCAUGGCUAGUAAACAGAAGUGCUAUAUUCACUGGCAGGGAUGACCUCUUUACAAAUAAAUAUGCAAAAUACUGAAGCCAUAUGUUUGCUCCAAUCUAUUAGUUUAAUUUAGUGAUGUUUUAAGGAGCAAUGUUAUCCCUUUAAGCUCUGUAAGGACACCCUUUUUAAAGAUAUACCCACUUCUGCUAACUCUGGUUUCCAAGUACAAUGUUUGCUUAUAGAUUGAAGUUAUGUACACAGGAUAUCAACAUGUUACAUGCUGUAUAAUAUUGGCCAGACUAAUGUAUUUGUACUCAGACUACUUUCUGAAUAUUUGCAUCAGUUAGUCUACCUCUUGAAGUGCGCUGGAAACUUCUCGCCAGGUGUCAUGUCUUAACUGUGACACUGGUGUUAGAGCAGAUGUGCUGUGUAAUGACAUAGUGUAAUAAAUAUAAGUGACUAUUUAGAUUUGUGGUUAUUAUUGGCUAUCUGCUAGUCUCACAAAAGCACAUGUGUUACAAUCAGUGUUUUCACAAGCCACCUAAUAAACUGCUCUCAA